AUGUCGGAACAUUUGGUUACUAAUCAACACCCAGCCCCGGGACAACAAACUAAUAAUAAUAAUAGCAAUAUCUCCGAGCCGCCAACAAAGGAUUAUGAUGAAGAGCUUAACACAAACAAUAAUAAUACUACAUUAGACUUAAGUGAAUCAUUGACAUCGGAUAAUGAUUCCGGAUCCAAAUCAUCCAAGGCUGCUUCUAAACGCAGGAAAAAGAAAGUCGAGAUUGCUUGUGUCUAUUGUCGUCGAUCUCAUAUGAUUUGUGAUGAGUCAAGACCUUGUCAAAGAUGUAUUAAACGAGGUAUUGGACAUCUUUGUUACGACGAACCUUCAAAUACAAGACAACGUAAGAAGGCAGCAUCAUUAAGAAAGACUCAAAGUGAAGGUGGAGCUAGUACUAUAUCAUCAUCAUCGUCGUUAUCACAACCUCAACCUCACGCUGCGCCAUUAAGAGCAAUGUCUACAUUACCGCCUAUAGCCUCACAGGCAGAUAUUAAAGUUGAGUCAGUAUCUUAUGAUCUUCAGUAUGGUCAACAACAACAACAGCAACAGCAGCAUCAACAACAACAACCACAACAGCAACAGCAACUUCAACAACAACCACAACAACCACCAAAACAACAACAGCAGCAAUUACCCCAACCUCAACAAUAUCAAUCAGCACUCCAGCCUAAAACUCUCCAAAACUCGGUUCUCUCCCAAACAUUGCCUUAUAAUCAAGAACCAUUCUUUUAUUCUGAACAUGCAGGAAGUGAAUUCAGUUCAUUAAAUGAUUUCUUAUCAAUGAUUGACGACCCAGAAUUAGUACAAGGAGCAUUAACUGAUGAUCCUAAUGCCAUGUUGAAUUUCCCAGUUGGAAAUAAUAACAAUAUAAAUCAACAACAGAACAAUUUCAAUGAUACUAAUGUUCCAUCAAAUAAUAGUAUUACUAAUUUACAUGGAUUAUCAUUCUCACCUAAUGCUAAUUUAUUCUCCGGAUCUACAUUCCCAGGAGAUGAAAGUGGAGGACAGAAUAGUAGUAAUAAUAUCCUGAAUCAACAACCACUUCAGCAAUCACGAAGUCAAAGUUUUCAACAACUCCCACCACCACCCCAAUCACUGCAACAACAACAACAAAAUAAUAACAAUAAUAAUGAACAACCAGUUAUUUCCGAUUCAGCAAGAGAUAAAUUCUUCCUCACCGCUGCUGACCCAACCACGGAAAUCUCCCCCGAGGAAAGAUUAAAACAAGUCAUUAAGGCAAAACUUGAAGCUGGUUUAUUACAACCAUAUAAUUAUGCCAAGGGUUAUGCUAGAUUACAAAACUAUAUGGACAAUUAUAUGAAUAUUUCAAGUCGACAACGUAUUCUUAAACCUUUAUCUAUCUUCCGUCCCGCUUUUAGGGCAAUUGCAAGAACGUUGAAGGAUGUUGAUUUAGUAUUGGUGGAAGAAAGUUUUGAAAGAAUGUUGUUGGAUUAUGAUCGAGUUUUCACCUCGAUGGCCAUACCGGCUUGUUUAUGGAGACGUACUGGGGAGAUAUAUCGAGGAAAUAAGGAAUUUGCUUCCCUUGUAGGGGUGACUGCUGAUGAUUUGAAGGAUGGGAAAUUGGCAAUAUAUGAAUUGAUGAGUGAAGAAAGUGCGGUGAAUUUUUGGGAGAAAUAUGGGGCAAUUGCAUUUGAUAAAGGUCAAAAAGCGGUAUUGACGAGUUGUAAUUUAAGAACUAAAGAUGGGGUGAAGAGAAAGAGUUGUUGUUUUAGUUUUACAAUUAGAAGAGAUAGGUAUAAUAUUCCAAGUUGUAUUGUUGGGAAUUUCAUUCCAAUUGAUCCCUAA